UUACCUUGCUCUACAUUAUGUUGCAGCCAAGAAGAAAGGAAGGGGACCUACUACAAAUCCAAAUGCGAAAAAGAGAAAAGAGGGAAAGAAAGGCAAAGUGGAAAUUUCAAAACGCUUGGGUCGAGCUGUGGGCGGUCUUCAGCUGACGGAAUUUAUUACAGAAAUGGGAGUCGUGUUGCGACAAUAUGCACCACUUAAUGUUAACAAAUGGGCUGAAGUACCUAUGCAUUAUAAAGAUAAGAUGUGGGCUGAUUUAAUGGAAAAAUAUGAUGGGCUUGCUGGUUUUAGAGAUGAAGUGAUGUAUAAUUUCAAUCAUAUGUAUAGAGAUUGGAGACAUCGCAAGCAUCUGCAUUAUAAUCAAUUUCUGACAGAUGAAGAUAGGCUUAAAAAUUGUCCAGAUGAUAUAACGGAAUUAGAUUGGGCAUGUUUAGUUGAAUACUUUGGUUCUGAAUCAUUUAAGAGAAUGUCGGCGCGAAAUAAAGCAAAUCGAGCCAAACAAUCAGCUAGCUCAAUCUGUGGAAGAAAAUCAUUCGCUAGUGUUCUAUAUGAUAUGAGGGAUCCAAUAACGGAGGUUGAUCCUGAUUUAACUGAAUACUGGAAGGCUACACAUCAACGAAGAACUGAUAAUACUUGGUGUUCUGAUACGGCUAAAAAUGCUAUGAAACAAUUUGAGGAUGUAAGAAAUUCACAAGAAGAGUUAGGUGAUCCUCCAUUAUCAACGGAAGAACAUUUAACAAAGGCUUUUGGUGCACGCUCGGGAUAUCUUCGUGGUUUAGGAUGUGGACCUAAGCCACUAAGUAGCAAGAAUUUGGAAGCUAAAGCAUCAAAAGAGGCUAUUGAGAGACAAAUAGAAGAAUUGAAGAAUGAGCUGAAGCAAUCAAGAGGGGGGAAUGAAGAGCGAGAAGCACGCCUACAAAAGGAGAAAGAUGAGAGAGAGGAGAGGUUUAAAAAAGAAAUUGAAGAGAUUAAGGCCCACUUCAGUAAAGAUGAGAGAGAGGAGAGGUUUAAAAAACAAAUUGAAGAUAUUAAGGCCCACUUUAAAGCUGAAUUUAAUGAACAAUUAAAGAUAAUUGUUCAAUUAUAUGGAGCACCGACCACAUCAUCCCCUCCUUCCACUCAAAAUCAUUAGUGGAAUUUCUUAAUUGAAGGGCUGAGAUGUCUACAUCAUGAUUUAUAAGAGGUGGUGACGAGAAAUAUUUUGGCAGGUCAUUGGCGAUGUAUUGAAUCAAGUUUAAGAAUUUAGACAUAUUUUGAAAACUUUACAUUUGAUAGCGUGUGGAAAUGACCAAAACACUAUUAUUGUGUUUUGUUUUUGGUUGUGUUGGGUGAUUGUAUUACUUAUAUAUGAUGAUUCAGUCUUACUUAUAUAUGUUGUCCCAAACUUUUAUCUGUUGUGAGAGACAUUUCGAUGCAAAAUGUAGGAUUUCUGCUUGUUGAU